UGAUGUUUGCUAGACAAAUCAGCCAGACGAGUAAGAGAACAUUGAGAUGCGGAUAUUCAACUAGCGUCGUACCACCACGCUCUGCUGUAAACACCAGCCAAGAGAGAGGAAACCCAGUUGCAGAGCUCCCAGGACAAGCUGAGGACAGAGCAACGAAAUGGUCACCAAGACAGAGAAGCAAAGAGGACGCAUACGUUGGUGCGAGAUUUGAGCAGAAGCACCUCGGUUUGCAGCCAAAUCCAAAAGCUGCGAUUGAGUUGAUUGCACAAGAGCCUGUCAGGUUAGUUGAGGGACGCGUUGCCAGCUGUGAUGGUGGCGGCGGUCCGCUUGGACACCCAAAGAUCUACAUCAAGCUCGAUAAGCCAGGUGCACAUGCUUGCGGAUACUGUGGCAUCAGAUUUGAACAAGCACACAGCGAACAUCACUAAAUGGUAGAAAUAUAUUUCCUUCUCUUUAUUUUACAACUCUAGCAAUGACUUCACAGCUGCGAUUGACUCUUCUGCGACUUCUUCACGGGAUUUGUCGAUAUCGACAACUCUGACGUCGGUUUCAUCUUCCUCUGGCUCCUCUAAAGUUUGAAGUUGGCUAUUGAGCAUUCUUUCAGUCAUGAAGUGACCCUUUCUGGCUGACAUCCUCGCCUGGAGUGCUUCCUGACUACCUUUGAGGUAUAAGAAGUAUGUUUUUAUAGGUGAGAACUGGGUAUCCGAAGUGACUUUCUCAUCCCCACGGAGGGUGUCCCUAUAGAUCUUCUUGAGAGCUGAGCAGGCGAUGAGUAUAACCGGUCUCUUGACGUCUUUGUCGUGUGCACCGUCUGUUAUUUCUUGGGCUUUGCGAUGCAUAACCUUCAACCAGGGCUCUCUAUCCUCGUCCGUAAGAGGUUCACCUCUCGACAUCUUAUCGACAUUCGCUUGUGGGUGCAGAUCAUCGCCGUCGAUAAACUGCACGUUAAGAGAGGCUGCUAUAUCAUUACCGACUGUGCUCUUACCGGAGCCAGAUGUACCCAUUAUAAUAAUUAAAGCUGGUCUUUUAUCUCCUUC